UAAACGAGCGGACCUAGUUUGUCCCUCAUCGAAAACACGCCGACUUGCAAAAUAAUGAAGUGACGUUCAUGUAACAAGCCGGUAUAGGGCAAAUAGCAUUAGCCACCUUUGUUUAUUUAUUUUUGAAUGUAGACUUUGUGUGACAGCGGCGGAAGCAACAUCGGUUAAAUAUAAAUGCACCCGCAGAUGUUGUAUAGCGGUACGGCUGCGGCUGUUGCUGCCAGGAGGAUGCGGACUAUUUUGGGCGCCGUGUUGGGGAGAGAUGGCUGGAUGAAGAGAAGCCAUGAGGUCAAACUUCUUAACACGUCCUCAGGUGACACCGUGAAGAUAGGGGAUAUUUCCUACAAACUCAAAACGCCACGCAACCCCGAACUGGUUCCUGUCAAACAUAUUUCAGACUUUGUGCCCCAGGCUGUGGCGCAGCACCUGCGAUGGAUUAUGCAGAAAGACCUUUUAGGUCAGGAUGUGUUUCUCAUCGGACCCCCAGGACCAUUGAGAAGAUCACUAGCCAUGCAAUAUCUUGAGUUGACCAAACGCGAAGUGGAGUAUGUUGCAUUGUCCAGGGACACCACAGAGACUGACUUGAAACAAAGGAGAGAGAUCCGAGCCGGGACCGCCUUCUAUGUUGACCAGUGCGCCGUCAGGGCAGCCACUCAAGGGCGAGUUCUUCUCCUGGAGGGUCUGGAGAAGGCCGAAAGGAACGUUCUUCCCGUCCUCAACAACCUGCUGGAGAACAGAGAGAUGCAGCUGGAGGACGGACGCUUCCUCAUGGCAGCCGAGCGCUAUGACAAGCUGCUGGAGGAGCACACAAAAGAGGAGCUUGAUAGUUGGAAGAUCGUCCGCGUUAGCGAGGACUUUCGGGUCAUCGCCCUUGGUCUACCUGUGCCCAAAUACAAAGGCAACCCACUGGAUCCUCCUCUCCGAUCUCGCUUCCAGGCCAGAGACAUCUAUUAUCUCCCGUUUAAGGACCAGUUGGAGCUGUUAUAUGCGGCAGGACCGAACAUUGCGGCAGAAAGGGUGUCCCAGCUUCUGUCACUUGCUACUACACUGUGCUCCCAGGAAUCAGCCAACCUGGGCCUUCCUGACUUUCCUGUGGAUAACCUCCUUAAUGGCGUUAAUGUACUGAAUGUUUUCCCCAUGAUGUCGUCGCAGCAGCUGGUCCAGAGACUUUACCCCUACCAUAGCAUGUUGGGCAAGGACGGGUGCAGCGCUGUGGAGACGGUGCUCAGUAAAUUUGAGCUUCUGGAUGGCCGCAGCAAGACAUCGAGCAGCGCCGUUAUCAGUGUGUCCAAAACAGCAGGCUCGGAGGACUAUGCAGACGUCACCUUGCGCGUUGCAGAUAAAGAUGUUAGAAUUCAGGUCCCUGCAGGCACCAAGGAGCCCCGGCCACCCAACAGUUGCCACGACUUCAUCAGCACCCCCAGCCACUCUCAGCUGAUUGCCGACAUGAUGCAGUCUCAUAUGGUGAAGGACAUGUGUCUCAUUGGAACCAAGGGUUGUGGCAAAUCGAUGAUUGCUAAACAGUUUGCUGAGAUGCUGGGUUAUAGCAUUGAGCCUGUCAUGCUCUACCAGGAUAUGACAGCCAGGGACCUCCUCCAGCAAAGGUUCACGCUCCCCAAUGGCGACACGGCAUGGCGUCCGUCACCGCUGGUCACUGCUGCCAUGGAGGGCAAGCUGCUGCUGCUGGAUGGUAUACACAGGGUCAACCUGGGAACAUUGGCUGUCCUUUCCAGGUUACUUCAUGACCGGGAGUUGGAUCUUUAUGAUGGCACCAGGCUGUUGAGGUGGGAUAGAUACCAGGCACUGAAGGAGGAAAACAACUUUACAGACGCGGAACUUAAAGAGAGGUCAAUCUUUCCCAUCCACACGUCGUUCCGAGUGCUCGCCCUGGCUGAGCCUCCACUUGUGGGUGCCGGUGCAAGCACCAGUGGCAGCAGCAGCACUAAAGGUCAGCAGUGGUUGGGUCCCGAAUUGCUCACCAUGUUCCUGUACCACACCGUCAGGCCGCUGGCCCGAGCCGAGGAGGUCAACCUCUUGCAAGGACUGUCACCUAAUGUUCCAAAGGAGGCCGCCGAACAGCUCCUGCAGCUCACGCACACUCUACGACAGACAACUGACCCCACAGCACAGUCUCUGGCCUCCUCCCUCUCCACCAGACAGCUGCUGCGGAUCUGUCGCCGACUCUCUCGCUACCCCGAGGAGAGCAUCGCCCACGCUGUCAACAAGGCUUGCCUCUCAAGGUUUCUUCCCAGUUUGGCCCGCAGCUUGCUUCAGAAAAGCCUCGCCAACUGCUCCAUACAAGACACUCCGGACGCUGACAACACACGUGACUUUACUUGUAUGGUCAAAGAUGGCGUGCUCACGAUCGGGAAAGUUUCUGCUCCCGUCUACAAACCCAAUGAGAAAAUGAAGGUUCCAGAUGUGCUCUUCUAUAAUAAUCCCCAGCACGUGAUGGUGAUGGAGGACAUGUUAAAAGACUUUCUAUUAGGAGAGCACUUACUCUUGGUCGGCAACCAGGGUGUCGGGAAAAACAAAAUAGUGGACAGGUUCCUGCACCUUCUGAACCGACCCAGAGAAUACCUACAACUGCACAGGGAUACGACGGUGCAGACGUUGACGCUGCAGCCUUCAGUCCGAGAUGGUAUCAUCACGUAUGAGGAUUCGCCGCUGGUCAACGCCGUGAAAAUGGGACACAUUUUGGUGAUUGACGAGGCCGACAAAGCUCCCACGAAUGUCACCUGCAUCCUGAAAACCCUGGUAGAGAGCGGAGAGAUGAUUCUGGCUGACGGCCGCAGAAUUAUCUCAGAUCCCCUUGACGCCAAGGGGAGGCCUAACACCAUCACCAUGCACCCAGACUUCAGAAUGAUGGUGCUGGCUAACCGACCGGGCUUUCCCUUCCUGGGCAAUGACUUUUUUGGAGCUCUUGGUGACAUCUUCAGCUGCCAUGCCGUCGACAACCCCAAACCCAGGGCUGAGCUGGCUAUGCUGAAGCAGUACGGCCCCAGCGUUCCAGACACUACUCUGGAGAAGCUGGUUGCUGCCUUCGGAGAGCUCCGGUCCAUGGCUGACCAGGGCACCAUCGCCUACCCGUACUCUACACGUGAGGUGGUCAACAUUGUCAAACAUCUCCAGAAAUUCCCCAACGAAGGUCUUGCCAACGUGGUGCGGAACGUCUUUGACUUUGACUCGUACAACCAAGAUACACGGGACGUCCUAAUCGAGGCGCUGCACAAGCACGGCAUCCCCAUCGGAGCCAAGCCCAACUCUGUUCAGCUGGCCAAGGAGUUGCCCCUGCCGGAACCCAAGAUGACAGGAUUCUGGACGAUAAAUCAACAAGGCAAUGCCCGACGCAAACUACUUUGUCCUUCUGAGACGCAUCACAUUGAUGUCAAGGGCCCGGUCUACCUGCGUAUUCAGGCCUAUCCUUGCAAUAGGCAGGAGAGCCGAGCGCUGAGUUUCAGUGAAGAAAAAGCCCACUGGCAGAUUCCCAUGAAUGAAGUCAACAUCAUUUGCGAUGUCACCACCAAAGAUGACACUCUGUACGUGGCCACGUGUAACCCGGUGACGCUUUACUCCAUGAAGGAGCGUGGAGAGGCCAUCCAGUGCGUGGAGCUUUACGACGUCUUCCCAAGGACCAUCAGUGGUGUCUGGCAGCCCUUUGUCACUGUGGCCCCCCUGGGAAGUCCAUUGGAUGGGCAGGUGGUUCUGCACGAGCAACAGAGUAACACAGUGCUACACGUAGACAUGGCCACAGGGGCAGUGCGGAGACUCAUGUUGUCAUCGAACAGCGAGCAGCCCCCCAGCAAGGCUUCCAAUUGGUGGAGCAGUAAAGAACCGCAGGGAGAGUAUAAAAUGUGCCGCGACUUCGCCCGCAAUAACUGGCUGCUCUUCUACAAGGAAGAUGGCAACCAGCUGGAGGUGCUGGAUGUGCUGGAGGGCCAAGUUCACACGAUUUCCCUGCCCAUCAACCUCAAGUCUGUCUUCCUAGUGGCAGAGGACCGCUGGCUGCUGUUGGAGAGCAACACCGGCAAGAAGUUCCUGCUGACCAAGCCCAUACACAUGGGGGCAGAGGACUCAGGCGUGUGUCAGCUGCACACCAUCAGCGAGGACGCCAUCACUUCAGGCCAUGCGGCCGCUAGCGCAGAUAAUGUGUCUGUACCGCAAAUGCUGUCAUGUGAUCAGCUUCCCAACGAGAAUCUCAGCUCCGCCCUCAGCCAAAAAAUUGUCUCCCCGAAUCGUAUCAUGGCUGACACAAGCACCUUUGCGCGAGUCAUCGUGGGCUUCCCAGACCUCAUGUCUCCCAAUGAGGUGUACAGCUUUAAGAGGGCUGUCGACCUAUCAGAGGUGAAGGGCAGCAACGGUGGCGCCCACACGUUCCUCCGAGGUGGCCCACGGACUGCUGCGGUCAAACAGAGCAAUUGUGUGAGUCUACUGUCAGCCAAUCAGGUGGUCCGGGCCCUUCCACCGAGCAAAGUGCCCCUGAAGGAGAUCUACCCGAAAGAUGUCACCCCUCCGAUGACAGCAGCCUACCUGGAAGUGACUGAUCUCAACUCUAAAAAAGUCAAAUAUAUUCCUGUCCCAAGGUCAAUGUCUGUGUCACCCUACACUAAUUGGCUGUCCAAGAUGUCAGAGACGGAUGUCCUUAUGGCUCCACUCAACACCGGCGGCGUGGUCACAGUGGACAUGGGUGGUUACGUGCGACUCUGGGAAACGGGAUUGGACACGCUGCAGCGAUCGCUGAUGGAGUGGAGGAAUAUGAUUGGCUCUGAGGACGGUAGGCCUGUGCAGAUUACCGUCCAAAGGGACAGUGGCUUGGAUGUCUCUGCCCCAAAACACGGCAAGGUGGAUGCAAACAAUGCACCACAUGUGGGCGGAAACCAGUGGGCAGGUGGCACAGGAGGUCGAGACACUGCGGGGCUGGGUGGGAAAGGGGGCCCGUAUCGCUUAGAUGCGGGACACAAGGUGUUCCAGGUUUCCCAGGCAGAGAAGGACGCCGUCCCAGAGGAGGUCCGCAGAGCGGCGCGAGAGAUGGCAGAAAAAGCUUUCAAAGACAGGCUGAAGGAGAUCGAUAUGAGUGAGUAUGACGCCACCACAUACGAGCGAUUCUCCAGUGCUGUCAGGAGACAAGUUCAGUCCCUGCGCAUUAUCCUGGACACUUUGCAGGCUAAAGCCAAGGAGCGCCAGUGGCUAAAGAACCAGGCUCUGGGAGAACUGGACGAUGCAAAAAUCAUCGACGGCCUCACCGGCGAAAGGGCUAUUUAUAAACGCAGAGGAGAACUGGACCCCGAACCAGGAACGCCACAGCAAAAGCCCAAACGUCUACGUGUGCUAGCCGAUGUGUCUGGAAGUAUGUACCGCUUCAACGGCGUGGACGGACGCCUCGAGCGCACUAUGGAAGCUGUGUGUAUGGUCAUGGAGGCUUUCGAAAGCUAUGAGCACAAGUUCAAGUACGACAUCAUGGGCCACUCGGGCGACGGCUAUGACAUCGAUCUGGUCCGAGUGGACAGAGUCCCGAAGAACAACAAGCAGAGACUAAAAGUCCUUAAGACUAUGCACGCCCACUCUCAGUUCUGCAUGAGCGGCGACUACACGCUUGAGGCCACGGCGGCCAGCAUCAAGGAGCUAGCACGGGAGGAGGCCGACGAGCACUUUGUGGUGGUGCUAAGCGAUGCUAACCUGGAGCGCUACGGCAUCCGACCUGAGCGCUUCGCCCAGGUCCUCACUUCAAACCCCGAGGUCAACGCCUUCGCCAUUUUCAUCGGCUCUCUGGGCGAUCAAGCCGAAAGACUACAAAAGACCCUUCCGGCUGGAAGAUCCUUUGUUGCUAUGGAUACCAAGCAGAUCCCCCAAAUACUGCAGCAGAUCUUCACAUCAACAAUGCUGUCUGGUGUCUGACGGUGCCUCUGACUGACCGCCCCCCCACACCCACCCCGCCACACACACACACACACACACACACACACACACACACAAUUUUAUUUUUGCAACCCAAAAGUCAAAGUCCUCGGCUCACCUGGCUUCUCGGGAAUGAGCGAGGAAUGCCCCACCUGAGUGAGGACUCUCUUUCAAGGCGGCCGCCUUCACUCGAGCCCAUGGCGGCCCUGUCAACACACUCAGGCCUUUCUGCCUCCCUGACUGGUUAUCUCUGUCCUGCGAGGAAUCUGAGAUCGUAUUUCAUAGUCAGAUCUCACACUCUGUUGCCAUAAGUGGCAAUGUUAAUUAUUGCCACGUGCACGGCCAUCACAUCAACUUUUUCAAUGGGUGGCACACAUUCAGUGGCCUUUUUCUUUUUUAAAAUUUGGUGUAGUAUUAACACUAUGAACGCAAAUAAUUACUUAACGGUAUUUUCAUAUCAAACCGGUGUUGUCAUUAUAAAAUGUUAGCUAGCUAGCAAGCAGUUGUUCUGGUGACGUCAGUAUUUACUAGGCAGAGUUCAUCACACCCCAUCCAUCCAUCACUUUUUUGUAGCACUUGUGGGGGUCACGGGUGAGCUGGAACCUAACUGGGCUGAUUAAUGGUGGUUGCCAGUAAAUCGCAUGGCACAUAUAGACAAACAACUACUCACACUCUGAUUCCAAUCGAUGCACAUUUUAGAGUCUUUAAUGAACCUAACACAGAACAACAGUAAGUCUGCAGAGGGAGAUUCAAACCCCAAUCCCCCGAACUGUGAAGUAGACGUGCCUAAAUUAUCUUGCUGCUCAACACAGACCAGUUACAGAACUGUUAAGUGUGUCAAAAAAACAGCUGUAUGUAAUUUAUAAAAGUCAAGUUAGCCCCCGAAAAAAAGGUUCUUGGACAGAUUUGUCCGGCCGCUUGCUGCUUGACGUCAAAGCCCAGUUAGAAAAAUAAUUUAUAUAAGGCCCGUAUGUGCCUUGAAAAAGUCUUCCUGGUCUUCCAGCUCAGGUGGAAGAUUCUGUCUACAGCAAAACUUCCAAGUUUUGCACUCCAUAGAGGGCAAUCCUGCUGAAUUCUGCAAUAGAUUAGAAACCAGGAAUGAGAUUCAUCUCCUGUGAAGGCUUGAAUUUUGAAAAUACCCCUUCACAAUUAUGUGCAAUGUGUCGAGCGUGCAAAAAAAAUAAAAAGUCAAUAAACAUUGAGGUUUGUGGUUGUGCUCGUAAAGCAGCAAUAUGUGAAAAGUUCAAGGGGUACGAAAACAUUUUCUUGGCUCCACUGCCCCACAAAACUAAGAAAGGACAGGGAGAACUGACAGGAAUAGGAAUUAAGACCGUGUUCUCCAAGAUCAGGACAUUUAUUGACACAUUAAUUUUGUACUUGGCGCACUCCCCCGAUGUUCGACAUAAAAUACUCGAUGACAUCCUCACCACAAUUUCCCCCUAAUACAAAAUCCCCAGUGGACACUCUCAACUAAUUAUGUCGCUCAAUGCAACCACAUUAGUUUUGUUUGAUUGCCCUCAUGAAAUUGAAACAUUUAAAUCAGAGCACAAAUGAAGCAAUGCCUAUCUACAAGGAUACAUAGCUGUACGUACAGUAUAAUGAAUGCAAUUGUACAUAACAAUUUUAGUGGUAAUAAAUACAAUAGUUGAUUUUAAUAAAAGACUGAAUGUGAAA